AAAGGAUUAUCAGGCCAAACUAAAUUCAUUGGGUGUUAAUAUUAAUGGUGUUGGAGAAGUUUCAAGUUUGGCUUCUGAAAUCUGGAAAGAACAACCUGAUCCUGUAAAAAACUAUUUCAAAAUUGCCGCUGAAGUAGCUAAGGAAAUUCAUAAAGAAAAAAAUCCUUCUUAUAGAUAUUCCCCCCAAAAAAACCGCAAAAAGAUUAAAUCUAACAAAAAGACUAAAUCUAACAAAAAGACUAAAUCUAACAAAAAGAUUAAAUCUAACAAAAUAUCCAAGAAAGCGCAUAAUAAUACGAAAGUUCCGAAUUACGAUCAGCGCCCGGAUUCGGAUAUUCCUCCAGAACGUUCAAAUAAUCAUCUUAACGGCGAUCCCGAGGAUGACAUUUUUUUCCAAAACCUCUCUGCGUUUACGCACAUCUCCCGUUGA